UGACAUUUAAUUUUGGUAUUUGAGUGUGUUUAAUUCUUUGUAUUUCGUGCUCCAGUUAAAUUCGAUUAAACAAUUUUAUUUCGGUUUUUCCACGACAUAAUUAUAUAAAUUAACUGCGACAGUAUAAUUAGUAACAACAUUUUAUUGAUUCAUAAACAAUUGAACAAUUUUAUAAAUUGAGAUGCCGAACAUAAAACUACAGUCCUCUGAUACUGAAAUAUUUGAUGUUGAUGUUGAAAUAGCCAAAUGCUCAGUAACGAUAAAAACUAUGUUAGAAGAUUUGGGCAUGGACGACGACGAAGAAGAAAUAGUCCCUCUUCCGAACGUCAACUCCGCUAUUCUAAAAAAGGUUAUUCAAUGGGCUACUUAUCAUAAAGAUGAUCCUCCUCUACCUGAAGAUGAUGAGAACAAAGAAAAGAGAACUGACGAUAUAUCGUCAUGGGAUGCAGAUUUCUUGAAAGUUGAUCAGGGCACAUUGUUUGAGUUAAUUUUAGCUGCCAACUAUUUAGACAUAAAGGGUUUAUUAGAUGUAACAUGCAAGACGGUAGCCAACAUGAUUAAAGGCAAAACUCCUGAGGAGAUCCGUAAAACAUUUAACAUUAAGAAUGACUUUACUGCUGCUGAGGAAGAACAAGUCCGUAAAGAAAACGAGUGGUGUGAAGAGAAGUAAAUUUUUGAUUAUGAUGUAUGUGUAUUAAAAGUUGUAAAAUUUCUCAAGACACUUGUAAUUUACAUGUGCAAAUUACUACCUGUAGUUAAAUCAUUGAUAGGUUGGUCAAGCUUUCACAUUACUUAAAUGCUAAAUUACAGAUUGUCAGGUGUUAGUAAGGUUAUGCUGACUAAACAUACAGAUCAACUUUUAUUAAAAGCCUAAUACAUUUCUUAGCCAUACUUUAAAUGAAUAUUAAUAAGUGUAUUCAUCAAAAAACACUAGUGUAACUAUUAAACUUAUAUGUACCUAUCAGAUAGUUUUCACUAUUCAAGUAAAUACUAAUCAUCAUUCUAAUUGAAUUAAUUAUUGAAAUAUAAAUUCAGUGUAUAGUUGUGGUCACAACAUCCCUCGUAAUAUUUAGCCAAUUACCAAGACAGUAUUUGAUGUAUACGAGGUAUGGUAAUGUUAACUACAUGCUAGAUACUCUGAUAAAUUCAGUUUAUUAUAAGAGAAUUGAUUUCAUUACUAAUACCACACUUAUUUAAUAUGAACAAAUCACUCCCUUUUGCUCAUUGUGGUUUCUGAUAAUAUUUUAAUAAUCUAUAUGUUCAACUUAAAUAUACUUGUCUUUAUAGUUUAAAUGGUAGGAGUACUAUUUAACUAAGCUGUGUCAACUGGAUUGUUAAAAAAAUUGAAUUGUGACAAAUUUGUGAUUGGUUUCCAACACAAACUUUAAAUUUAUUUCGUAGCUUUGUUCAAUGCUUAUUGUAAAUGAACUUUAAUAAAAAUUGAAAACAA